AUGAAGUUUGAGAUGCAUGAAGCCAAGCUAGUUGUGACUCCUUUGGCUCAACACUUCAAGCUUUCAAAAUAUCAAGCACCUCAGAUGGAGGAUGAAAGGAGACACAUGGGUAGCAUACAAUAUGCUAGCUGUGCAGGAUGCUUGAUGUAUGCCAUGGUAUGCACAAGACCUGAUCUUGCCUAUGCCAUGAGCAUUAUCAGGAGAUUCAUUACUGAUCCAGGACUAAAGCACUUGGAUUCUGUUAAAUGGGUGAUGAGAUAUGUUAAAAGGUCUUUAAACCUAGGCUUAGUCUACAAAGCAAACAGAAGAAGAAGGUGUGAAGUUGAGGGUUUUGUAGAUUCAGCCUAUGCUGACUACAUAUAUACAAGGAGAUCCCUCAUAGGCUACAUUUUCACAGCUCUAGGUGGAUGCAUCAGCUGGAAAUCUAACCUUCAAAGAGUAGUAGUUUUGUCUUCUACAGAGGCAGAGUUCAUGGUUGCCACUGAAGCAAUAAAAGAAGCAAUUUGGUUAAAAGGCCUCAUUAAAGAACUUGUAUUCAGAUCAGAUGACAUAACUGGCCACUGUAACAAUCAAAGUGCCCUGCACUUGAUGAAAAAUCCUAUGUUCCAUGAUAGGUCAAAGCAUAUUGACAUAAAAUUGUAUUUUAUUAGAGAUAUCAUUGCAAAGAAGGAGAUUCAAGUGAAGAAAGAUCUGUACUGA